AUGCCUCCCUGUGAGGGGAGGCAGGCAAGGGGGGUGUGUGUGGGUGGAUGUGAGGGGAGGGAAGAGGCAGUGUGCUGCGAGUGUGCUGCCAGGUGCUGCCAGUGGUGCUGCCAGUGUGCUGCCAGUGUGCUGCCAGUGUGCUGCCAGUGUGCCUGCCAGUGUGCUGCCAGUGUGCUGCCAGUGUGCUGCCAGUGUGCUGCCAGUGUGCUGCCAGUGUGCUGCCAGUGUGCUGCCAGGUGUGCUGCCAGUGUGCUGCCAGUGUGCUGCCAGUGUGCUGCCAGUGUGCUGCCAGUGUGCUGCAGUGUGCGCAGUGUGCUGCCAGUGUGCUGCCAGUGUGCUGCCAGUGUGCUGCCAGUGUGCUGCCAGUGUGCUGCCAGUGUGCUGCCAGUGUGCUGCCAGUGUGCUGCCAGUGUGCUGCCAGUGUGCUGGCAGUGUGCUGCCAGUGUGCUGCCAGUGUGCUGCCAGUGUGCUGCCAGUGUGCCUGCCAGUGUGCUGCCAGUGUGCGGCCAGUGUGCUGCCCAGUGUGCUGCGCAGUGUGCUGCAGUGUGCUGCCAGUGUGCUGGCCAGUGUGCUGCCAGUGUGCUGCCAGUGUGCUGCCAUGUGCUGCCAGUGUGCUGCCAGUGUGCUGCAGGGUGCGCCAGUGUGCUGCAAGUGUGGCUGACCAGUGUGCUGCCCGUGUGCUGCCAGUGUGCUGCCAGUGUGCUGCCAGUGUGCUGCCAGUGUGCUGCAAGUGUGCUGCCCAGUGUGCUGCCAGUGUGCUGCCCAGUGUGCUGCAAGUGUGCUGCCAGUGUGCUGCCAGUGUGCUGCAGUGUGCUGCCAGUGUGCUGCCAGUGUGCUGCCAGUGUGCUGGCCAGUGGUGCUGCCAGUGUGCUGCCAGUGUGCUGCCCAGUGUGCUGCCAGUGUGCUGCCAUGUGUUGCUGCCAGUGUGCUGAGGCCAGUGUGCAUGACAGUGUGCUGCCAGUGUGCUGCCAGUGUGCUGGCCAGUGUGCUGCCAGUGUGCUGCCAGUGUGCUGCCAGUGUGCUGCCAGUGUGCUGCCAGUGUGCUGCCAGUGUGCUGCCAGUGUGCUGCCAGUGUGCUGCCAGUGUGCUGCCAGUGUGCUGCCAGUGUGCUGCCAGUGUGCUGCCAGUGUGCUGCCAGUGUGCUGCCAGUGUGCUGCCAGUGUGCUGCCAGUGUGCUGCCAGUGUGCUGCCAGUGUGCUGCCAGUGUGCUGCCAGUGUGCUGCCAGUGUGCUGCCAGUGUGCUGCCAGUGUGCUGCCAGUGUGCUGCCAGUGUGCUGCCAGUGUGCUGCCAGUGUGCUGCCAGUGUGCUGCCAGUGUGCUGCCAGUGUGCUGCCAGUGUGCUGCCAGUGUGCUGCCAGUGUGCUGCCAGUGUGCUGCCAGUGUGCUGCCAGUGUGCUGCCAGUGUGCUGCCAGUGUCGUCUGGAUGGGACUGAGGAGAGGAGGGAAGAGAGGCAGCAAAGCCCCAGGCAGCUUACCGAGUAUUCGAUAAAGUCUUGGGCAGAGGCGCGGAGCGGAUGGUGGAGACAUUGA